UUCAUGCUACCAGCGCAUCCGUCUCACUCCACGCUGCAGACUAACAGUGCAAAUUAGUGAUAUGAGUGGUGCUAUAACUCUUGACCUGAGUGGUGAUGAUGCUGAACAACUCCUCCCAUUCUGCAUAAGUGACAUCCAAAAGCAAGAGCAGCAGGGAAAUGUCCAGUACGCCACUAUAGCAGAUUUCAUCAAGCAGAAAAACUUAGUUUGCUUGGUCAAGAAAUCAAAUACAAUCCACAGUUCCAGGAGCUCAGAAAAGUACAAUGCCAUAGUUGCCCAUAUCAACAAUGCUACUGCAGAAGAAAACUAUGUCAUCAGCAAAUAUAUCACCAACUACAAAGCUACAGCAUCCACUUGGGCAGCAGCACAAGAAGAACAUUCCAAAAAGAAUGUUACCGACAUGGCUGAAAAUAUGGCAAUAGAAAAAGUUGAUAGCAUAAUGGAAGGAGAAACACAAAGCAAAGGAGUGGAUCAACUCAGUCCUUCUAACACAGAAGAUAAGAAGAAAAAGGCAGCAGUUGCAGCAGCCCCAAUGAAACUCAGAGUCAACCCCACUAAGAAACACCGCACCUAAACUGCCAAAGCCCAUCCUUGAAGUUAUAUCCUUUGCGAAUGGAUCUUCAUUAUUCCUAAGUACUACUACUUUAACGGACAAACUUGGCUGAACUUUUCCUUUAUCUGUUCUAUGUAAAUAGAAGUAUCUAAAAUAAGACUGUUUCAAAUUAGGUUAAGUGCAAGGUGGUCU